AUGGGAAAAAAUAUUAAAAAAAGCCAAACACCUUCUGAGGUGCCCGGCGUAAUAGUUACAAAAAUUGAGGAAUCAUCUAUAUCUAGAGAACCGUCACGUGAUUUGCAUUCCAGGUCUGUUUCAAUAUCUCGAUUAGGAAUAAAUGAUCCUUUGCGCAAAGAAAUGAUGAUGAUUCGCGAGAAAUCGCCAUUUGAAAUAGGAGAAAAUCGUAAUACCCAACUUGCAUCGUCGAAAGCUAUCAUUGAUAAAGCUUUAAUUAUGGACGUUUCUGGAGGAGUCUCCAUGGUCGAUGAAUACGUGUCUCUUUUUUUCUCGUCAGGAUGCGUUAUCGAUGAAGCUGCAUGCAAAGAUAUUUCUGUUGAUCAAAAUAUUGAAAUUGUUGUUGUAGAGCAAGAGGAAGACUCUCAAGGUGUCACACCGCCAGGAUUGAAUAUUGUGGAUGCUAUCGAGGAAAACAUAAAAUCAAUCGACUAUUCCGAAAAUGAAUCACAAAUACUUGCAAAUGAGAAUCUGGAUGAAGAUCAAAAAAUAGAAAGGAAAUCGUCAAUCACAUUGGAUGAAUGUGAAGUUCGAGAGAAUUUCGUGACUUGUGAUGAUAUUAAUUAUGAUAUUACAAAAGAAGCCGCAGAUCUUUUUUCUGAAGAUAUCUUACCAGAAAAGGAAGAUGUAAUGACUUCACACACUGAAAUAGAGACUGAAUACUUAACAAAUGCGAGGGAAGAAACGCAUAAUGAUGUAAAUACGAAAGAAAAUCAUACGAUAACUGAAAUAGAAGAAUAUAGUACUGACUCGUCAUCUGAUGAAUCGUUCGAAGAAUUGGUAGAUCCAUCUUUAUGGAAACUGUACAACUCUGAUGACGACGACACAACAGCAUGGUUCUAUAAAAGACCAGACGAAGUUACUCAAGCUUUAACUGAAAAAGAAAAGGAUGAGGAAUUUAGAAAGGAGCGGUUAGCGAAGCGAUGCCCUGUUUUUUUGACAUUCUUAACGGAUCGUUCUGGACCUGAAGGAUCAGAAAUUAAAUUACAGAGUUCGAUUGCAGGUCCAGAAACAGGUGUAAGGUGGCUUAAAGAUGAUCAACUAGUUGAAAGAACAUCCAAUUUGCAAACAUUCGCUUAUGAUGGUUUGUAUUCUUUAAUACUCAAAAAUGCACAAAAAUCUGACUCAGGCAUAUACACAAUUAUUGCAAAAAAUCGGGGUGGAGAAGUAAGUUCUUCAGCAAAAGUUCAUGUAUUUGAAAAUGUUAAACAGAAUGUGGAAAUUCCAACUAUAAUUAAAAUUAGAGAUUAUUACCAUCACGCCUUGAAUGAUUUGAUCAUAGAGUGUCAGGUAAUGUUUAGUCCUGAAUGGAUAAUACCGGACGUGACAUGGUUGAAAGCAGACGAUCCUGUUAUCUUUGAUAAAAGAAUACGCGCAUCUUAUGAAGGAAAUGAAAUUUUUCAAUUAAAUAUUUAUAAUCCAACACCUGAAGACAGUGGGAUUUACACUUGCAUUGUAAAAAAUAUUGCAGGUGAACGGAGAAUUAUACACGAAGUAGAGUUUAUGGGUAAAGUACAGUAUUUGCAUCUUCCUGGAAUGCAUCAUGCAGAUAAAAAAAUCCAAGCAAUUGACGAAUUGCAGGAAAAAGAAGCUAAAAAGAUAAUUAUUGAUCAAUCAUCUAAGCGAGUGGGACGAUCACAAGUGUCAGAACCGUACAAAGAAGAAUCAUAUGUUAUUCGGGAUUCAAAGACUAAACUCACAUGGGCUGGUCAAUUGAAGAAUAUUACAAUUCAAAAAGGACGAACAAUUAAAAUGAUUUGCUCGGUUAAUGGCCAGGAACCCAUUUUAAAAUGGCAGAAAAAUAAUAAACCAAUAGACUAUGGCGAACGAAUUAAGUUACUUAAUAAUGGGGUUGUGGCACAAAUACUCAUUAAAGAUGUGUGUGCAGCCGAUGUAGGAAAAUAUACUUGUACAGCAAAAAAUAAUUAUAGUGAAAUCACUACAUCAUGUGACCUCAAAGUAAUUGAGCUCGCUACAAUUGAAAUAUCACCACCUAUGUUUACAAAGGCUAUCAAAGAAUAUUAUGAUCUACGUUCUGAAGACUUGGUCCUUGAAACUCAAAUUUAUGGUGUGCCAAAUCCUGAAAUUCAAUGGUUUAAAGAUGGCCAUGGCAUUUCAUACGACGAUAAAUGCAUGCUUAAUCGUGAGCCAAAUGGAAAGUAUCAGUUGCGCAUACACAAGCCGCAGCCGGAGGAUUGUGGUUUGUAUGAAUGCAGAGCUAAAAAUAAUGAUGGUAAUGCAACGAUCAAACACGAAGUUAAAUUUAAUUCGAAUCAACAAUUUGUGUACGCUCAUCGAAUAGAACACGUCGAAAAAUUUAAAAGACAGUCUGAAGAAGAAUUAACAUUUAGUAGUGCAAUACACUUAUCGAAUGUCGAAAAUACUAUAACCGCUAAGGAAGUUAGUGAAACGCUUGCAGAAGGCAACUUUUUAGUGAAGGAAAGUGAGCUUCCAGACUCAAACGAUAAUCCUAUUGAGCACGAGCACGAACACGAACAACCAGUUGAAAUUGCUAAGCAAAAGCCAAUACCUCGGAAAAGAGCUAUGCCUAGGCGUCAUUACGAUGAAGGACCGUUAGAACCAUUUAUAAUUCGAGAUUCUAAGAAAAAGCUCACGUGGGAAACAAAAUUGAAGAACAUUACCGCGCAGGAAGGAAAAACAAUUAAACUUGUAUGUAUUGUUGUCGGACCUCAACCACAAUAUAAAUGGUUCAAAAAUGGUAAACCGCUCGUAUGGAGUAAAAAUGUAAUUAAUUCAUGUCAAGCUGAGUUCGGUUGCGUCGUAAUUAAAAAUGUUAGUUUAUUGGACGCUGGACAAUAUACAGCGCAAGUCAAAAAUCCCGACACUGAAAUUGAAUGUAGCUGUAACGUUAUUAUAUUCACAGCAAAUAAAGAAGUUCAAACCGCUCCCACCUUCACAAGAAUUUCAGAUUAUUACGAUAUUAGAGUUAAUGACCUUGUUGUGGAGGUGCAAGUACGUGGAUUACCAACCCCAACAUUGACAUGGGAACGUGACGGAAGAGAGAUUAAAAGUGGUAUGGAUAGAAUUAUCAUUGCACGUGAAAAAGAUGAUGUCUAUAGAUUAAGCAUCCAUAAUCCUGAAAAACUGGAUGGUGGCAAUUGGGUUAUUAAAGCAAGCAAUUCUGCUGGCGAAGAUACAAUAAAACACCGCAUGAUAUUUAAAGGAAGAGAUCAUUAUCAGCAUGUUCCAGGGAUUUUCCAUGCAGAAUUAAAAUUAAUGGACGACGAUAAGGACGAUCGAGGUCACUCAGUAGGUCCUCAUGGAUUUUUACGUGCAGAAUCAACAUUUUCUGCAGCAUCCUUGCCAAAGGAAUCUUCUGUUCCCGUUUCUAACGAAAAGUUAAAUGAGAUAUUAAACCAAAAUGUAGAGGCCCAAAUUGCUGACAAUAUAGAUGGAAUGCAAGCUUCAGAAAAUAAAAAGAAGCCCCAGAAACGAGAAUGGCGCCAAAAGCUUUCUACAUUAUAUAGUAUGGAACCUUUACCAAAGGUUAUGGAAACUGUAAAACCGAAAACAUUAGAUUUUCAAAAAAAACUUUUCUUCGAGACACAUUUAAAAAAUCAUACUGCAGCAGAAGGCACAACUGUGAAAUUAGUUUGUUCUUGUAUUGGACCAUCACCUACAUUUAAAUGGUUCAAAAAUAAUAUACCAAUUGUCUGGUCGAAAACAAUAAAAAAUGAAACUAAGCUUGGAGUAGGUGCUAUCCUUAUACUCAAUUCAACCUUGAAUGAUAGCGGAGUGUAUAAAUGCAUAGCAAGUAACAAUUCUGGAGAAAUAGAGACAUCGUGUAAAUUAACUGUCUACGAGAUGCAUCAAACUCAGUAUGAGCCACCAAAAUUCACUAGAAAUGUUAAAGAAUACUACAAUGUACAGGUAAACGAUUUAAUACUUGAAGUGCAUGUUCGAGGAAACCCUCCACCUACUAUUAAAUGGUUCAGAGAUGGAGUACUUCUUGACGACCUUGAAGGAGAUAAAUUAUUUUUGUUAAGACAGCCCGACGGAGUACACAAACUCACAAUUCAUGAUCCCCAGAGGAUGGACGAAGGUCGUUAUGUAUGUGAGGCAGAAAAUAUAGCUGGUAAAGAUACUAUUAAAUAUAAGGUCGAGAAACUAAAUAAAGAAGACUAUUGUCAUGUUCAUGGUAUUUUGUAUCAUGAUCAGAUUAUGAUGAAGCGUGAUACAAAGGAUAACCAAAAGAUAGAGACAUUAAUAGAUCGAGCCAUAGGAGAGCCACGAGAAUUUGUAUGGAUGGAAGAUGGGUCGUAUUAUGUUCGCGGCCAAACUCCUGAACACCUGUGGGAAUGGGAAACUGAUACUAGUGCGGAAAGCGAAUACGAGACUCUCGAAUGUGAAACCGAAGGUGAAAAUAAAGAUCAAAAUGAACCUAUUGAUGAUAACCAAGAUGAAAAUGAUGAAAAUGAAACUGAUAAUAAGGACGUUGAACAGAUAAUUGUAUCUGUUAAACAUCAUGGUCCAAAAAUUAAGAAAAUGAGAAAAAAGAAAACCAAUCAAAGAACAGAAAUAAAUCAAAGUGAUGCCAAUAAGCUCCAACACAAAGGGGAACAUGAAAUGUUGGAAAAGGAAGCAGUUUGUAUAACUGAUACAGAAUCAUCUCCUAUCUACGUGAACAAUGAUAAUAUAUAUGAGAAUACAACUCAGGAAGAAUCUUCUUCUCAAACCUUACAAGUUGACAUGCCUGAUGUUCCAAAAGAUGAGGAAACCCUUAUGAAAGAAAGAUAUUUGCGUCUUUUUCCAGAAUUUGCUCCUGCGUCUCCAAAAUCCGUUGAAGAUAUGAAUCCGCUUAAAUUCAUCAUUGAGCUUCGAGAUAUCACAGUAGCAGUAGGACGCUCAGCCAAAUUGUUUUGUACAAUAUCUGGUCCAAAGCCCGACAUAAAAUGGCAGAAAGGUGGAGUACCGUUAGAAUUUAGCAAAGUCAUCAAAAAUCAGAGCCAUGAUUCGACUGGUAUUGUAAAUAUAUUAAAAGUAUCCAAAAGUGAUGAAGGUUUCUAUACCGUUGUAGUUAAACAUAAAGAGUACGUUAUUACGAAUACUGCAAAAAUUACAGUUAUUGAGAAAGUUGAAUCACCAAAAGGGGCGGAACCAAGAUUCAUAACCGGUAUAAGUCAACAUUACGAUUUCCGAGUUAAUGAUCUUAUAUUAGAAACCCAUAUCAAGGGUGAUGGUCUAUUAAUUGUUCAAUGGUUUUUAGACGGUAUUGCAAUAGAAAAUAAUGAAAAAUAUAUUCAAAUUCGUGAGCCAAUGGGUGUUUAUAAAUUAUGUAUACACAAUCCGCAAAUACGAGACAAUGGAAAGUAUAUGGUUAAAGUUCACAAUGAUUUUGGAUUAACUGAACAACAAUAUCAUCUCCGAUUUGAGGGUAAGGAACAUAUACCGUGUCAUGGUAUAUUCCAUGCCGAUCCGCGAAGACAGUAUGUAGACAUAGAUGUAAAGGAGAAGCCGCGUGAACAUCGUGAAGUUGUUUUCUUUGAAGAUGGGUCGUAUUAUAUCCGGGGUCAAACUCCUCAACAAUACUGGGAGUGGGAAACGGAUACAAGCGCUGAAAGUGAAUAUGAACCUUACAUUUCCGAUAGCUCACCAACAACUGACAAGUCUGAAGAAUCUGCUGAUGAAGAGGAUAAAAAAGAAAAUAAUCACGAAGAAGAACACGAUGAUAAAGAUACCCUUAGCGAAACAUCUGAUACAAAACAAGAUAUUGACGAAAAUGAUCAAACGGAGCAAUUGCUACAGAAUGUCGAAAAAGUUAUAAAGCGAGGUCCUAAAAUAAAGAAAUUGCGAAAAAAGCGAACAGUACUAACUAAGACGUUUCCAGAAACUGGAGUAUCCACGAUUCUACCGAAAGAUGAUAACGUACCAGCUGAAAAAGUUCAACUCGAUGUAGAUGUAUCUGAAGUAGUGCAUCCAAAAAUGAAACUAAGUCAAAGAAUCGCUUCCGGAGAGUCGCACCAAAGCGAGCAAGUACUAAAACCGAAAAGAAAACCUAUUGAAGUUGAAUUCAUUAGUCAUUUAAGAAAUCAAACUUUACUAAAAGGGAAAACAGUAUGCUUAAAUUGUUGCUGUUCCGAUAAUCAAAAUUUGGAGGUAGCCUGGUUCAAGGAUGGCAAAAAAUUCGAAAUAAAUAAGAGAUGUGUAAGUGACGUACAUUUUGGUUUCAUUACUUUAGAAAUUUAUCGCACUACUGUAGAGGAUUCUGGUUGCUAUGAAUGUCAUGUAAAAACGGCUAACGGAGAAGCGAAAGAUUCAUGCACUAUCAGCGUAUUUGAACUUCCUGAUAAACGGGAAGUAGAACUGGUUCCUCCAACCUUCAUCCAUCCAAUUAAAGAAACAUAUCAUCCAAAAACUAAUGAUCUGCAUCUUGAAACAAGAGUACGAGGUAAUCCAGUUCCAACAUUAUCUUGGGUUUGCGAUGCUGUUUUAAUAGAUCAUAAUACAGAUAAGUUUGAAAUAUUUAAUCAACACUACUAUGAACUUGGAACUAGAAUAACAACAGCAACUUUAAUUAUCAACAAACCUCAAUUAAAAGAUAGUGGAAAAUAUACACUAGUUGCGAAAAAUGAUGUUCAAACAGCUCAAAUCACGUACCAAGUUAAUAUUGGUUUACGUCUAGCGGAUCAUAAAAAGAAACGAAUGGAUGAUGUUGUAAUCGCCAACGAAGCACCAAGAAUUAUUCCUAAAUUACCUACGCCAGAACCUGAAAUCACAAUACAAAAUAAUCAAAAUGAUUCCGAUAUCUUGCCCAACCCGGUUACAGAUGCAGAAGAAACUGAGCAGGUUAUAGACGAUGAUGACGAAGAUGAAGAUUAA